UUUAAGAGACAGAAUAGGUAAAAAUACAGUGGUAUCAUCGUUUGCUUUUCGGCUACCUCUUUGCAAACUUGCAGCAGCUGCUUCAGCUACCACUAGACACGAAAUUAUAUCGAUACUGGAUAUCCACGCACUCAGCGAGACAAAAACCUGUUACUCGAGCUUGUUUCCCGCUAUGUCACCCGUAUUGGAGACAGAUUUAACCAUGCUGAAUAAGAUCUACGUAAACUACACAGAUGACAUAGACGAUGAUUUUAUACUGGGCUCCCAGGCUUAUGGCAUAACGGUGUCUAAGAUAGGUUACAAUUAUCGAAGAGAUGCUGUUGCUUACGUUAAUCGAGAAUUCAGUUCCAAAACAUACAUGCGUAUACAAGAUAUCCUGGACUUAAACGAUAUCGACGAAAACUCUUCUAUAUUGAUUGUUAAUGGAUUUCAUUAUAAGGGCACCUGGGAAUCCCCCUUCGAGCAUUCUUCAACAAAAAGCAAGCAAUUCCGCAGUGGAAAAAAAAAUAUAAAUAUAGAAAUGAUGCAAAAAAUGACACAAAGUUUGUUCUUGAGCGAUCCAAAUGCUAAAUUUAAGGCUAUUUCCUUACAUCUAUCUCAAUUUGAUAUGGUCAUGACGUUCCUGUUACCAUACCGCAAUUCGAGCAUUAUCGAGCUUCUAAACACUAUGUCAAAAAAUCCAAACUUUAUUGAGAUAUUGAAUAAGAGAAUGCAAUGGAAAGUCGUUAACGUUGCUCUUCCGAAAUUUAAAAUAAAAACGUGCUUGGAUUGGACGCCUUAUUUAAAGCAGAUCGGUCUUAACCUGACAACUCAUAUGGAAAACACUGGUCUGAAUGGUAUCUUGACAGAUGAAGAUGCUGGACCCGAUAUGUACGUUAGUAAGGCGAAACAAAAAGUUUUCGUAGAAAUCGACGAAAGUCCCAGGUGGAAUAAGCCAGUGGGCUUUGCCGAAACGCCGCAAGUUAUACCGGAAUUAGAGCAACCAGAAUCGCCUCCCGUGCACCUGGAGGACUUCACAGUUGAUGGUCCGUUCUUCUUUACUGUCACUAUGACUGUCCGUCAAGCGAAGAGAAAAAUAGCAACAAAAAACUUUCAAGUGCUCAACGGAAUUUACUAUGGGCCGGAGUGA